AGUUUGUAUUUUCAUUCAGCUAGAUUCAAACCUAAGGAACCAGCAAUGAAGCUCCUCAUCUUGACAAUUUUUGCAAUCGCUGCAGCAUCAGCUGUCGAAAACUUUGACGGACCUGAAUGGCAACCAAUUGACUGGGCUAAUGUUGUUCCAGCAACAGAACUUCCAGGCUUCUGGGAUGAGACAGUCUUCGCUCAACUCUACCCAAAAGUUUCCCGUUCAAGACGCAUUGUAGGUGGACAUGAAGCAACACCACAUACUCAUCCAUACCAAGUCGCUCAAAUUCAUCAGAGAGUCAUUUUAGCAACAAUGUGCGGUGGAUCAGUCAUCAGUCCAACAGUUAUUCUUACUGCUGCUCAUUGUCCAAUCAACUCACAAAGUACAACAGUCAUCACUGGAGCACACAACAUGAAUGUCAUUGAACCAUCUCAACAAAGACGUACAGUUCAAUCUGCAGCUUACCGUAUUCAUGCUAAUUACAACUCACAGAACUUGAACAAUGAUAUUGCCACAAUGAUUCUUCCAUCUGCCUUAACAUGGACUAACUUUGUUGCACCAAUUGCAUUGGCUCAAGCUAAUGCUGGAACAUUCGAAGAUGUUAUUGGUCAAUCAACUGGUUGGGGACGUGUUGCUGAUGGUGCUGGAUCCUCACCUGUCUUACGUGUUGUCACAAACAGAAUUAUUUCAAAUGCUGUAUGUGCUGCCACAUUUGGAACAACUGUUGUUAAUCAUGCAGUCAUUUGCAUUGACACAAUGGGAGGACGUGGAACAUGCCAAGGAGAUUCAGGUGGAGUUUUGUCUGUUAACAAUGCUGGAGCACGCUUACAAGUAGGUAUCACAAGUUUCGGAUCAAGCGCUGGAUGUGAAAUGAACUUCCCAGCUGGUUUCGAACGUGUAUCAGCUCAAAUUGGAUGGAUCAACAACAACAUGUCUUAAAUUCUCGAACCAAGAAAACUUAAAAUUAUUUUUGAUCAAAGACUGCGUAGAAAAUUCAAUAAAUCAUUUGUGAUAAAAUUUAAGUAGGC